AUGCCUCCAAUUACAAACGAAGGAAUCUGGAUCGAGAACGGACGAAUAGUCUCCGACGGCGUCCCCAACAGCAACGAAACAGCCCACUGGAUAACAGUCGACUUCGACGACACGGACGAAGACCUCAGCGACACGGAACUUAUGGAAAAGUUCACACGCGCCAUCCGCGCCUCGGAAUGUACCAUGGGCCACGAAUGCGAGCACCACUUCCGGCCCUACUGCAUCUCCCUCGGGGUUUGUUAUAGUCAUGACUGUCAGGCGAUGGGAUGUGAAGUGUGGGACCGGGAUAUUGUGCCUGGGAGUGAGGUUUUGGGCUGUCGGGAUGGUAUUUUGGUUAAUUUGCUGGAGCUUGCUGUUGAUAUUCAGAGGAGGGUCCGUAGGGGUGAUGUUAGGAUUAAUCGGGAGGUUCUUUUUAGGGGAAUGUAA